UUUGUUAUAGCUUCUCUUCCUUGAUAGAUUUUUAAAAUUAUUAGGGAAUAUUUCAAGCAAAUACAAAAGUAGAAAGAACAUGGCUCUCAGAUUGUUGGAGCAGAACGACUGAGCCAAAGCAGGCAUUGCUUCUUCAGUUGUCAUCAGAUUGUAAUCAGAUUGGAGGAGUUUAACUCGAAGCUUCCUUGCCUGUGGGGAAGCAGAGAGAUAGAUAUUACUCACAUGAUAAAAGACAUGGGCUUCACCUUGACUUUUCACCUUUCCUACAAACUCCGAUUACUGUUGCUUUUGACCGUGUGCCUGACGGUGGUUGGGUGGGCCACUAGUAACUACUUUGUGGAUGCUAUUCAAGAGAUUCCUAAAGCAAAGAAUUUCAUGGCUAAUUUCAAUAAGGCCAUAGCUCUGGGGAAGGAAGAAACUCUGACUAACGAAGCAGCCACGAAAAAGGCAGAGCUUGUCAACUGCCCGUCUGUGUCUCCAUACCUCAGAGGUCAGAGCAAACUCAUUUUCAAACCAGAUCUCACGUUGGAGGAGGUACGGGCAGAAAAUCCCAAAGUGUUCAGAGGCCGGUAUCACCCUGAAGAAUGUAAGGCACUACAGCGGGUCGCCAUCCUCAUUCCCCACCGGAACAGAGAGAAACAUCUGAUGUACCUGUUAGAGCAUCUUCAUCCCUUCUUGCAGAGGCAGCAGCUGGAGUAUGGCAUCUACAUCAUCCACCAGGCUGGAAGUAAAAAGUUUAAUCGAGCCAAACUCUUGAAUGUGGGCUAUCUAGAAGCUCUCAAGGAAAAAAAUUGGAACUGCUUUAUAUUCCAUGAUGUGGACCUGGUGCCCGAGAACGACUUUAACCUUUACAAGUGUGCAGAUCAGCCCAAGCAUCUGGUGGUUGGCAGGAACAGCACUGGGUACAGGUUACGUUACAGCGGAUAUUUUGGGGGUGUUACUGCCCUAAGCAGAGAGCAAUUUUUCAAGGUGAAUGGAUUCUCUAACAACUACUGGGGAUGGGGAGGCGAAGACGAUGACCUCAGACUCAGAGUUGAACUCCAUAAAAUGAAAAUAUCCCGGCCAAAGCCUGAAGUGGGUAAAUAUACAAUGAUCUUCCACACCAGAGACAGAGGCAAUGAGGUGAAUCUAGAACGGAUGAAGCUCUUACAUCAAGUGUCACGAGUCUGGAGAACAGAUGGGUUAAGUAGUUGUUCUUAUAAAUUACUGUCUGUGGAAUACAAUCCUUUAUAUAUCAACAUCACAGUGGAUUUCUGGUCUGGUGCCUGACCCUUGAUCUUUUGGUGACACAUGGAAGGACUGAUUAUUUCAUUGCAAUAAUCUUGGCCUAGAGACAUUCCCUAGUAGCACACAUUAAGAACCUGUUACAGCCAAUAGUUGGGCUGAAUUUUUCCUUUUUGUAUUUUCUUAGCAGAGCUCCUAUUGAUAUGGAAUGUCAAACAGUCGUAACAAGGUAGCUUUCUUAGUUGUUUUGAUGAUGAGGGUUAAAUACUAUAAUAUGGACGCUUGAAGGACUAAACAUACAAGGACCACUCAAAGGCGAUGAUGACAGCUGCUUGAGAACUCUGGUCAAAGGAGAUUUAUUUAAGUUCGAAGUAAUGCAUUAUGGGGUAAAAGGCCACUGGAAAUAAAGUUGCUGAAGAUCUCAGAGAACCAGAAUUAUUCUCCUCCAAGGUACGAUGUAUUUCUGUUACUCACUUAUCCUGCAUGGUCACCUGUGAAGCAAUGGGUCCCAGGUGAGGAGAAGGCCACAGAAGAGGGGAGACAAACUGAAGAAGGGAGAUGCAGCAAGCUUAGGAAUGAAGAAGUGACAGGAGGGCAGAGUGUUGGACGAAGAGGUGGCUGCAGCUGUGCUGGUGACGGCUGUGGAUUCUCUGCAGAGGAUGCGCCUGCCCAGAUAAGGCCUUCUAGGACUAGCCCAGCAGAGAACACUUUAUCUACUAGUUUUUACAGAAUUUUUGUAAAAUGAUUUUGUACCUGUAGGGUAUGAACUAGCAGUUUACAAAUUAUAUAUUAACUAAUACUACAUCUAUAAAGUACCUCUGUAAUAAAAUAUGAAAAAGCUUUGGAUGUUC